AUGGCGCUCAUCCCUAUUUUCACCCGAAGAAACCCCACGUCAAGCAAGCAGGAGCAGACUCUUCACACCGGAGGUUGGCCUUGGGGGUAUGUUAUCUAUCACACAAUCUUCACAGCUACUUCUGAUCGGGACUGGGCUGCUGCGAUCGAGAAGCUUGAUAGGCACUGCUAUACCGAGAUGGCCAAGUUUGAAGAGUUGGAAAAUCUUCGAUUCCGAUUCCAGCCUGAUGUCCAUGAACAUGUUCGCGAGGGCUAUCGAAACUUAAUUGUCCAAGAUCCGAACUUGGAAGGCGCCUCGGUAGAUGCCAUUCGCAAAAGACACAUUCGGUGGGUUGAAGGACGGGGUUACCAUUUUUACCUUGGAAUCCCUCGGUUUGACUACUGCCUUUUUCUGGAUGACCGCGCGAUCGGGCGCCAAGGAUGGCCUGUCGGAUACGUUAACCUGAUCGACCGUGAUUUUGAUAAGAAUGACACAGAGAAUGACUGUUCCGAGCACUAUGAUGGAUCGCUCAGGAUUUGUCUGAAGGAUAUCUUUCACUUUGCUCUGUACUGUGAAGAUCUAAAAACUGGAGAACAGCAAUGGGGAGACUGGGGUUGGAACGUCCUGGGAAUGUCAUUUAUACAGACGGGCAUUCUUCCAUGGGCGAGAAGCAAGACGUCUUUCUUUGUCCAUCCGACUACUGCUGUUUCUUCCGUUCCUGCUACCCUCAAUUUCCGAGAAGAGAAACCGUCACAGAGUCUCAAUACACAGAGCUCCAGACUUCUAUCAUACAUGGUAGUCUAG